AUGGGUAAAUUAUCAGAUGUAAUACCAACUUCAAAUUUUGAGUUGAAAAGAGGACUUUCUCAAAGAUCUAUAUUUGAUUUUACGCGUACUGAAAUAGCAAUAAAAGAUGAAUCAGUUAAUCAAGAGGUAGUUAUGGAUGAAGGAGAAGUUAUUGAAUUCAAACAAGAGAAUGGAGAAGAUAGUCAAAUACGCGUGAAAGAAGAGGAGACACGUGAAAGUUUAAAAAUUGAGGAAUCUUGUUUGUUUCCAACUAUAGAUCUCAAACAAGAGAUCAAACAAGAAACCAAUCAAGAAGAAGACGUGUCAUGUCCAGUCUGUGAUACAAAUAUAUCAAGUCUAGAUAUACGAAGUAGAACAGAUCAUGUUGACACUUGUUUAGUUAAGUUUACAUUUGUUGAAGAUGAAGAAGAAUCAAGUACUUCAUCAAAAAGAAAAUCAUCAACUAGUUCAAGAGGUUCUACACCAACAAAGGAAAAAAAUUCAUCAACCACUAAGGAGGCUAAAUCACCAAGGAAUAAAAAACGUAAAGUUGUUAAAGAAAAAAUACGAUAUAUAAACUCAACUACUUCAAUAAGGAAAACUGAAAAAAUUAUCAAGCCACCACCAUCAACAACACCAUCAGCUCCAACAAUUUCAAAUUCAAAAUUUACAAGAAGAGAAAUAAUCCCAUUAAAGAUAAUGACUUUCCCCAUUGAUGAAUCAAAAAAUUUAAAAUAUAGAUUAUCAGUUGAUGCUUUUAAUUUUGCUCCACAUGAAAUAAUAAAUCAAUAUUUUUUAACUCAUUUUCAUGCUGAUCAUUAUGGAGGUAUAUCAAAAAAAUGGGCAUAUGAAAGAGUAUUUAAAGAAGAUACAGAUUAUGAAGAUGAUUCAAAAUAUAAAAAAAUUAUUUAUUGUACUGUUAUAACUGGAAAAUUAUUAACUUUAUAUUUUUCAAUUGAUUCAAAAUUUAUAAAACAUUUAGAAAUGGAUAUAAGAUAUAAAAUUAAAAAUUAUGAACCAGAUAAAAUUGAAGAUGUUGAAGAUGGUGGAUUUAUAUCAAAUGAUGAAUCACCAGGAUUAUAUGUAACUCCCCUUACAGCUAAUCAUUGUCCCGGAGCAGGAAUAUUCCUAUUUGAAUCAAUAAAUUUUAAAAAUGAAAAAUAUAGAAUAUUACAUUGUGGAGAUUUUAGAGUUAAUAUGGAAAUAUUAGAUCAUCCACUACUAAAACCUUUUAGUUUAGGUAAAAAUGAAUUCCCAAAUUGUUUAAAAAUAGAUAAAUGCUAUCUUGAUACAACUUAUAUGAAUCCAACUUAUAUUUUCCCCAAACAAGAAUUAGUAUGUAAUACUAUAGCUCAAUUAUUUGAAGAUUUAACAAAACAAGAAAAUAAUAAAUCAUCAAAUACUUUAUUUAAUACAUGGUUUGGAUAUUUAACUCAAAAAAGAAUAACUGAUUUUUGGAAUAAUAAAAAGGCCACUAAAAAGAAGAAAUUUUUAAUUCUUGUUGGAACUUAUGUUAUUGGUAAAGAAAGAUUAGCUAUAGCAAUUUCCAAAAAAUUAGGAUGUUUAAUUUAUGUUUCAAAUAUAAAUAAUAGAAAAAAUAAAUAUGAAAUUUUAAAAACUUAUCAAGAUUCUUAUCUUGAUCUGGUAUUAACUGAUGAUGAUUUAGGUUUGGCCAGUGAUUGUGAUUGUAUUGUUCAUUUAGUUCCAAUGAAUAUAGUUGGAUCAAUUCAAGAAUUAUCAAAUUAUUUUAAUCAUAAUAAAUAUUAUGAAAAUUUUGAAAGAUGUGUUGGAUUAAGACCAACUGGUUGGAGUUUUACUCAAAAUGGAAAACAAAAGGAACCACCACCAAUAGAAGAAGAACCAUUAAUUCCAAAAACUCCAUUAAGUGAUAUAGUUAAAUUAAUGACUGAAAAAACACCAUAUUCAUCAAUGGACCAUAUAUUAUCACAAUCUCCUAAAACAACAACCAAAAAAAAACCAGAUAUUGAAUUAUAUAGAAUUUAUUCAUUACCAUAUAGUGAACAUUCAAGUUUUAGAGAAUUAUCAUAUUUUAUAUGUUUUUUCAAUUUUGAAAAAGUUAUACCUACAGUUAAUUGUAAUAAUGAAUUUAAUUUAAAAAGAAUGGAUGAAAUUAUAGAAAUUUGGGAAAAAAUAAGAAGAAUUAGAAUUGGUGGUGGGUUAGAAACUGAUUUUUUUAAUGUUAAUGAUCAUUUAAUUGAAAUGAUUCAAAAUUUAUCAUUAGAUACUUUUUAA